AUGCGAAUCCCCGCGCUGGUAAGCACACUGCCCGGCGCUGACAACAUAAAGAGCAGUGCUACACCCUUUUUUCACUUGUGCUUCCAGCCACUGACCGACAAGAACAAAACCGACCCGGGAAACUUGGGCAAAAGCCUCGAUCCUGUGUAUCAAUCCGUGAAUCCGUGUGAUGUAUUCUUGGAUCUUAGAAAUUAUCCUUUAGAUGUUUUGGAUGCUCAGGCUAAUGAGGCUUCCGCAGAAAAUGUGGACAGCGCGGCGACAACGGUUGCUGGUUCGAUCGAUGACACAUCUGCAGUCAGUGAAUCAGUCCAUUUGGAGUCUGACGGCGUUGUGCUAGAGGAGCCACCGGAAAGUGAAACAAAAGGACCAGACUAUGAUGCAGUUGGGGCUGCUGCAGUAGCCGACUUCGAUGCAGAUGAUGAUGAGGUGAAUGAAGAUGAUGAUACAGUCAAUGUCAUCAUCAAACCGUCUAAUAAGGGAGGCAUCUAUAAGACCGGGACAGCCUAUCAAGCAAGAUCCGUGGCUCAUCCGUCACAGAUCAGUAAAGCCUCUCGGCAGGGCAUAGAAUUGGAUGAUCCUGGAGACAUCAACGGUGUUCCUACGCUUGAAUUUAAUUUAUCUACGUUGGGCGAGGAAGACAAACCCUGGAAACGCCCGGGGGCUGACAUAACUGACUAUUUCAAUUAUGGAUUCACGGAGGAAACUUGGGUUCAGUAUUGUGAAAAACAGAAGAUUUUGAGACAAGAGUAUGCUAAUGCGACUAUCAAACCUGUGUUAGCCACUGGAGGUACUGGACUUCUCCAGCGAUUGCGAUCAGGCGGGCUAGGCACCAACGCUCGUGCUUACGAUAACUUCAAACAGGCAAACAUUAACGUUAUUAAUUUGAGUAACGCUGCAACCACAAACCGAGGUGGAGCUGCUGGUUUAUUGACACAAAAGAACCCUUCCGAUGCCAGUUCUGCUCUUAUCAACGGCGUAGCUAACGCGUCGGGGUUGUUGGCUCCGUUCACACAGCCUCCACCUGGUUAUCCGGCUGCUACAUCUCAGACAGAGGGUGCAGCCACCUUCACAAUACCGCCUCCUGGCUUUCCAAAUCAGUUGCUCACUGGGCCCAAUGCGACAGGUGCUGCAGGACUGUUCCCAAAUAUGGCAUUACCACCACCUAUUUUGGGUGCACUUUCCAAUUGGCCUGGAUCUGUUGGCCUGUCAGGUUUAUUGGCUGGUGGUGACACAAUCAUCGAUCCCACUACAGGACAGAUUUCUAGCCUCCUGGAACAUGGUGGCCGGAGUCCAGAAUCCGUGUAUUCUAAUGAAGAUCGCGGAUCAAGGCGUAGCAGGCGGCAUUAUCAUGGUGAAGAUGGUGGAUAUUUCGAAAGGCAUCAUGAAUCGGGACGUUCUGACCGGGAAUAUGACAGGCGUUCUCGUCGUUCCCAUCGGUCUCGUGAUGGUGAAUUUACGGACGCUGAUGACUUUCCAGCACCUACUUCCGCUGUUUUAAGAAGUGACAGACGGACGGAACGAGACCGAUCGGAACGAGCUCAUUCUCGCUCAGAUCGUUCUGGUGGCCGUGAAAAAAUAAGUCACCGGAGUCAUCGCAGGGACCGUGAACGUUCCUCUAAACCCUCCAGGUCUAGCAGACAUCGUUCCAGUAGCCGCGGUUCUUAUCGUCAUGGUACGGUGUCACCACCGCGAACGCCUAACCAGACAAUGAAUAUCUCGGGUGAAGACCUCGAAAGAUCAAGUGAUCCUUUGGCCGCAGCCACAGCUGCUGCAGCGAGUAUCGCUGCUGCUCUGGGAGCCUCCGAGAAAGGGACACCUUGAACGCCACACUGCAUGCCAUUAACGGGCAGUUUUUUCCCAUUCCCUGUACAGUUUACACAUUUGGGUUGCACUAACACUU